GAUCGGGCACCGGCAGUCAGCGCCAGAAGUCUGAUGGUCGUCGAGCGGCGCAGCAACAGCUCUGGUCAAGAUUAGUCGGUGUUUGUGCUUCGGACGAGAGUGAAUCGAUAGGCGAGCGAUGUGUCGAGUGUAGGAUCGGUGAUGAACUAAAUCCGGGACACUUGGUGGACGUCUGCAAUGUGGCUGCACACCGUUCUGUCCUUCGGGUGUCUGCUCGUCGCGGCUUCUUGCACGGAACCCCCCUGCAACCCCAAGGCGUGCAGCAAGGACAUGGACGAGAAAAACGUGUGCGGCUCCGACGGCCUGACGUAUCCGAAUCGGUGUCACCUCGAGAAGGUCCGAUGUGUCAACAAGAACUUAACCCUGACGAAACGCGGCCCCUGCCGGCAGCAGAAGGCCUGCCGCGACUGGGAGGUCUACAGGCACUCCAACCCCGACUACAAAUUCCAGGCGAACUGCCGGCCCGACGGAAGCUACGCUGCCGCUCAAUGCCACCCUGACACCGGAUUUUGCUGGUGCGUCACCCCACAGGGAGUGCCCCUUCCGUACACCUCCGUCCGGUGGAAAGCCAACACCAAGCCCCACUGCGGGCGCAAGAAGAAGUCCGCCCACCGACGCAGCCCCCGGGGCCCCAAGGGCCGCAACCGCGCCUGCAAGCAGCCCGACAAGGCCAAGUUCAACAACAACCUCAUCAACAUCUUCCACACCGAGUGGAGCCGCGACCACGGCGGCGUCGUCAAGCCGCACAACAACGAGACCGACCUGCUCGUCAACCAGUGGAAGUUCGGCACGAUGGACGCCGACGGCAACGGCGUGCUGGACCGCAACGAGUACCGCGACCUGAAGCGCAUCGCCAAGAAGGCGGUCAAGCCGAAGAAGUGCGCCAAGAUGUUCCCGCGCUCCUGCGACGUCAACAGCGACACGCUGAUCAGCCAGCAGGAGUGGGCCGAAUGCCUCACCAGGGACGGCAUGGACGUUUUUUUGCGUGUUUUUUCCUGGUUGGAACCAGAUGGGGGCGGCGGAGCGAACGCGUCGCACGAUAGGGUGGAGGAUCAGGAGGACUACCCGGAGUCGUUCCCGUCGCACAGGCCCUUGCCGCACGAAAAUCUGCAUGUCCCAGCUUUGACUUACGACGAGGAGUCCUCCGAAAUCCACGACGAAGACGAGCCCACCGACUGCCUGUCCGACCGGCAGGCGGCGCUGCUCGAUGGCGGGGAAUUCUACGUCCCCGAGUGUACGUCCGACGGCCGAUAUAAAAAGAUUCAGUGUUACAAAGCGGCCGAAUACUGCUUCUGCGUGCACGAAGACACCGGCCAGAACAUCCCCGGCACCUCCGUGAAAAACGGCAAGCCCCAGUGCGACCAACCUCCGAACGUAAACCGCCCCAUGAAGGGCUGUCCCUUCGAGAAAAAGACAAUUUUCUUGCGGGACCUCCUGCAGUUCUUGCACGUGCGCAUGAAGAAGAACAACGACACCAAGAACCUGAACAGUCUGCCGUGGAUGUCCUCCAAGGAGGAGCAAGCGGCCACUUGGAGUUUCGUCGACUUCGACAAAAACAAGAACAAGCUGCUGGACAGAAACGAGUGGAAGCUUUUCAAAGAGGUUGUAUCCAAGGAGAAGAGUCUGAGGAAGUGCGGGAAGAAGUUGCCCAGGUACUGUGAUAUAAACAAAGAUCGACACAUCAGUAUGACGGAGUGGAUGGACUGUCUGAAUGUACAGAAGGAAACGAUUACAAGGCCCCCUAUGUCUCCCAGAACCGGCAAGAAAAAUCCGUUGGAUGUGUUGAUGGAAGACUAGUGAUUUUGUGACGUAGUUGUUGACAGACUGGAUGACCCAGCUUUAUUCGGACCGGCGAAAGCCACGGCAACUCUUGUGAUUAUAGUGUAGUGUAUAGCUUUCAUCUUAUCGUAAUGCAUCGUGCUUAUUUAUUCUCAAGUGUAUUAACAACCUGGCAGUGGUUGUUAAGUGUUUUAUCCAAAUUUUAUUGAUCCUCUCGGAAAGCUUUGUUGAUGGAUUUUUAGUAUAAUUAAAAACCACUUUGUUAUUGUCUGACUAUUUAAGAAAAAUAAAGAAUGAAUAUUA